CAGUGCGUUGCCUAGUGUUAGACAAGCGUUGGUAGACGACGCACCGAAUUUCGAACGAGUAAACGCGUGGCGAUAGGGCGCGGACAAGAGUCUAAUCUUUAUUUACAUAUUUAUAAAUAAUAAUCAAUCAAAUAAUUAAACGAAAACAAGAACAAGUUUUUUAAAAAAAAUUUCUAAUUAAUAAUCCAAAUAAAAAUAUUUUAAAACAAGUAAGAGCUCUUGCUUCCGACGCCCGUAUUAUUACGAACGAACGAUCUGUUUUAUCAAUUAUCACUCCGAUAAUUUUUAAAUCCACUUUUAUCAUUAUCAUUGUUUUUAUAACUACUCUGAAUUUAAAACUAUAUAUUAUAAAUUUUAUCAAAGACGGAUUUAUAAUUUUAUUUAAAUCUCAAUCUAAAAACGAAUACGAAAUGGCAACCGCCAUCGACCCAGUCGACAUUGCAAAUAUUCUUGCACAAGAGUUGCUAUUCCAACAGCUGGCAUCUCUAGACGGUCUGCACAGUGGUGUGCCCACGAGGACGACGCCUACACUGACACCGACGACCCUCCGCACCAUCGAGCAGACUUUUCUCGAAUUAACGAGCGAGUCAGCGUCCCACAGUCGCGAGGCCGGUUUCGUUCCUCCUUUGGUUGAGCCGUCCCAGCCGACGCCGGCUCAGACCCAGAACAACAGCUUAAUCACCGGGCAGAGCACCCAUAAUCAUCACCAUCACUCGGUGCUACUGGAGAAUCAGCAGAGUAGACCUCAGCAGCAGGCCCGCAGAAACAUGGGCGGCAGGAGACCCACCAGGACGAUCGGCAUGUCCCCUGAGGAGGAAGAACGGCGACAGGUUCGCAGGGAGAGGAAUAAAAUGGCUGCUGCUAGGUGUCGCAAACGAAGAAUGGAUCACACCAAUUCCCUACUAGAAGAAACUGAGGGUUUGGAAAAGAAGAAACAAACACUCCAGAACGAAAUCUCGCAGCUCCAACAAGCAAAAGACGACCUGGAGUUCCUGCUAGAAAACCACCGAGCAGUAUGCCGAUUGGGCUCAUCCUCGCCUCCUGACAUGAAACCCGUGAUAAAAGCAGAGUCAUACAUCGACAACAGCCCAUUCCUCCACCCGAAUAAAUGCGACUCCCUGGACACCAGACCGAACCGGCCAAACUCCCUGCAAGUCGGUUCUGACAACAACAACCGACCAACUUCAUUGCCGAUUUUUGCCGCUAAUGAAGCUAAAGACCGACCAGACCCCCUGCAAUUCAAGACCGUCGAGACGCCCUCAUUCAUGAAGACUUCGAAUGAAGUUGCCGGUGUCCCAAUAACGACACCCUCCAGCGGUAUUCCAUUCAACUUUGACUCUCUGAUGGACGGUGGCACCGGGUUGACCCCAGUGUCCACGCCGCUGAUUCCUUCUUGCUCCUCGCAACAGAGAAACAAUCUGUCCGCCGUUGAUCUCAGCUCUCCGGACGCCAAUCCACCUAAACUUGUCAGCUUGUGACGCCAGGAGGAACUCAACUACACCUCCAAUGAACAUGAACCCGCGUAAAGUUAU